UUGAAUGCAUCAUGGCUGUCACAUGGCAAGUGGAGUUGAUGGAGCUCGCGCUACAGUUGAACGACAACAGGGCAAGCGAGAGAAGUGUACUCUUCGUCUCACCUUGUGUGCAACACUGUUGUGUCAGUUUGGGAAUGUUUGCGUAUCCGCGUGGGCUCAUUUACUCGGAGGUCUACAAACACUAAAGGAUUUAGUUCGAGAACCGCCUGGAGGAGACGCUACUGUAGGUGAAACUAAGCUCAAUAUCGCAAUGCACAUCUGACCUCUAAUGACACUUACCAUUAACAUGGAAACCGAGGCAAGUCACAUGCUGGAGGCAGCUCUGGAGCAGAUGGAUGACAUCAUUGCAGGUUCAAAAGCAGCAGCGUUGGACCUCACUAAUGGCGUGUGUGACCGCGGUUCUGCAAACAGUUCCAACCCACUGCAGGUCAUUCAAUUAGCUACGGACCUCAAACUUGCGUUGGAACUCCAGCCUAACCAGGAUGACAGAGAGCACCUCAGAGCACAAUUGCCCACAGAAACAGCAGAAGCCCUCAAAGACUGGCUCCAAAGUGGAGAUGUGAACUUGUGUCCUCCUGCCAACAAUGAAACAUACCAAGAGAGACUACUCCGCUUAGAGGGGGACAAGGAGUCUUUAGUGUUACAGGUGGGUGUACUGACUGACCAGGUGGAGGCCCAAGGGGAGAAGAUCCGGGACCUCGAAAGCUCCUUGGAGGAACACAGACGGAAACUUGCCUCCACUGAAGAAAUGCUGCAACAGGAGCUGGUGAGCAGGACGUCUCUUGAAACCCAGAAGUUAGAUCUGUUGGAUGAAGUCUCGUGCCUGAAACUCAAGUUGGUCAGCAUUGAGGAAACCCACAACACACACCGACAGGAGUCCAUGGACACAAAUCAGAACAAGGCAGAGUGCGUGGUAAAUCUCAUCAGCGAGCUCCAGGAGCAGAUGUGCAGGUUUCAGGAGGAAAUCAGCACUCGCAUUCAGGAAAAGCAGGCACUUGAAGAUCACGGCAGCCAGGUCGGAGAGCCUCGUGCCGAACGAGUCCAGGGUCACGGCUCGUUGGUCAGGCUAGGUGGCACAAACAUGAGUUUGUGUGGCCCCCGUACUUGGACACACAAUGGAGGACUGACUGCAAAUGAUUUAUUAGAAGAAGUUAAGCAGCUCAAGAAUAAAGUAGAGGAGCUCGAGGGAGAGAAGGGACAGUAUGAGAGGCAACUUCAAGUCACAAAGCUCUCUAUCUCUUACUCUCUCCAUGUGUGUUACCAGUCGCUCAUGACUCAGCUCUCCAGUCUCAAGCUGACUGUGGGGCACACACAGCUGGAGAAGCAACAGUGGGAAGAGCGGUGGCGCAGUGCACAGGCAGAAAUCUCAGAUCUGCAGCAGCUCCUUGCUUCUAAAGAUGCUGAGAUUGAAUGCCUUCAGACCCAACUUCUGGCCAGAGGCAGCACAGCCAAUGACAACGCAGAGAGAGAGGAGGUGUAUAUCAAACAGCUGAUAAACAAAUACCAGGAAUACCAGAGACUAAAAGUGGGUAUGGAGUCUCUUCUAGCUUCAAACGACGAAAAGACACGGCGCAUAGAGGAACUAACAACUCUGCUUGGCCAAUAUAGAAAGAUCAACGAGCUUAUGUCACUUACACAUGCCAGUAGUGAAGAGGAGUUGAGUGGCAGUUUAAAAGGACGAAGAGCUAUCACACACAAAGCCCACUGUGAUAUCUAUAGGUCAGAGAUUCCAUCAAGAGGAUCUUCCCCUUUAAUGUUAUCCUCAUCACCUUACCAGAGAGAACUGGAUUCAUGUUUUCAGAACUCUAUGGACGUAUCGCUUUCUGCUGGUGAUCCAAGCUUCUUUAAUGGAUCAUGGCAUCAGCGCAGGUUACAGUCUAGCAGUCUUGAGGAAUUGCAGAGCAGAUCUUUACAAAAGUGUGUAGAGAUCCUGCCAGAUGAAAGUGAAUCAGACAUAGGGGGAGAGAAUCCCCACAUGGAGCUGAACAAGUACCAGACGCUGCCAGGAAAGCUGAGUCGAAGGGGUGAGCUCAGAAGCAAGCUGAAUGGUGACAGAGAAGGAGAAGAGUAUUUGUCUCCUGUAAGGCUCUCACCUCUCCUUAGCCACGACCAGGACUACAGUCAAAUUCGCUUCAGGAGUGCCAGUGCUCCAGUUUUAGGAUCUCCUGGAAAGUAUGAUAUUUACUAUACCGAAUCUUCAGAGCAUCUAGAAGAGUGUAUAUUAUCAGACCAGUCUCCCCUAUCUUCUGGAAUGGACUCUGGUCAGCACUCUCCUAUGUCACCAGAAAACAGGAAAACUCAAAGAGGCCUAAAGAAACUCUGGGGGUUAAUUCGUCGUAGCCAGUCAGGGAGUCCAGUCCAAGUACAUGACCCUGAGCUUGGCGAUUUCAAGAGGGGGGGCACCAGAGCCACAGCUGGACCAAGACUUGUACGUUCAGGGAACAUUCGAGACCUGAAAUUGGCGUUUUCUAAGUGGAGCACAGAGCAGGUGUGUGAGUGGCUCGAGGACAUUGGACUUGGCCAGUACACCAUCUUAGCUCACCAGUGGGUCACCAGUGGUCAAACACUACUUACAGCCAGCCCACAGGACCUAGAAAAGGAAAUGGGAAUGAAAAAUCCAUUGCACAGAAAGAAACUGCAUUUAGCCAUCAAGACAUUUAAUAGCAAGCGGCACGAGAAGUCUGCAGAGCUCGAUUACCUCUGGGUCACUCGCUGGCUAGAUGACAUCGGACUUCCACAGUAUAAGGACCAAUUUAAUGAAGGAAGAGUGGACGGACAGAUGUUGCAGUACCUUACUGUGAAUGAUCUGUUAGUCCUAAAAGUGACCAGCCAGCUGCAUCAUCUCAGCAUCAAAUGUGCAAUUCACGUUCUACAUGUUAACAAGUUCAACCCCUACUGCCUCAAGCGCAGGCCCGGCACUGAGAACCACUUUGCUCCCAGUGAGGUCAUCCAGUGGUCCAACCACAGAGUCAUGGAGUGGUUAAGAUCUGUGGACCUGGCAGAGUACGCCCCUAACUUGAGGGGGAGUGGCGUUCACGGUGGACUAAUAAUGCUGGAGCCUCGGUUUAAUUCCGACUCACUGGCCAUGCUGCUGAACAUCCCUCCUCAGAAAACGCUACUGAGACGCCACUUAACCACCAAUUUCAGCAACCUGGUGGGAGCGCAGGCCCAGCAGGAGAAGCGAGAGUACACAGAGGCAGGGAGCCACACACCCCUCAGCAUCACUGCUAAAGUCAAGCCCAAAAAGUUGGGGUUCUCUAACUUAACUCAUCUGCGGCGGAGGCGUCCCGAUGAAUCCACAGACUACGUUUGCCCCAUGGAGUCGGCCGGGGCUCUGGAGGGACAUUCUACAGUAAACGGGGCCCAGAUACAUCACUACCACAACAACAACUUCAGAGGCCUCAGCCCAAUUCUGGACAGAGAAGCCCAUCACUCCUCGCACGAGCCCUCUAUACCUCAACGCGCAUUCCCACCCCCAUCCUGUGUUCCUCAACCCAGCCUGUCAGUGUGAACCAGUGCCUUGACAAAUGAAGAUAAAGCUACUCGAUGGGGCCAAUCGCAGCCACCGGUCAUGAUGGAUCUAGUCCACAUCUUGUAUUAUUAGUCAGAUGCUUGACAAACUAAGCUUCAGUAUACGGACACUAUUUCUAGUAUUAAUCAGUUCUAUUAACUAUUGUGCUCCAACAAAGUGAUGAUUUUAUAUUUAUCUGACAUAAUUUGAGUAACUUUUAUACUUGGGAUUUUCCAACUUGAAUGCCGUUCUACCACAUGGUUUAAAUAGACUUGUUACAUAGUUGCUUUUAUCUUCACAAAAUUGUAUUUAUUAUUUACACAACUGCAGUGACAAAUAUGAAACAGAAGGGUGGUUUUGGAAACAGAACUAUUUUGUUUUGUGUUUUAUUUUUCUUUGCUAAAAUGUUCUUAUGUGGUAGUAUUUGACCUCCCAUAAUAAAUUUAUGAAUAACAAGAUGUCAAGAUGUUUUUCUUUAUUAUAAAAAGAUUGAAUUGAUGACAAAUGAGUGUGCAUGUCAAAGUUGAUUACAUUCUUUGAAUUAUGAACUUUAGAAUUCGGCUAUAACACUGAUUUUUUUUUUUUUUUUGCAAAGUUUGUAUCACCCACAUUAAAAUGCUUACAACACCUGUA